CCACAGUUCCUUCCAUAACUUCCGUAUCUCUUCUUCGUGUUUUUUCAUGCGGUAGGAGUGUGUUCUGGCUGCUUCAUCGAAAUAAAUAACCAUGUCUAUUGAAGUUGAAUCUGCAGACGUGGUGCGUCUGAUUAUGCAGUACUUAAAGGAAAAUAAUCUGCACCGAACCCUGGCCACGUUGCAGGAGGAGACAACAGUGUCUCUAAACACAGUGGACAGCAUAGAAAGCUUUGUGGCGGACAUCAACAGUGGUCACUGGGAUACCGUUCUCCAAGCCAUCCAGUCCCUCAAGCUACCAGAUAAAACCUUGAUAGAUCUUUAUGAACAGGUUGUCCUGGAGCUUAUUGAGCUGAGAGAGCUCGGUGCUGCUCGUUCACUCCUCAGACAGACCGAUCCCAUGAUCAUGCUGAAACAGACACAGCCAGAGAGAUACAUCCACCUGGAGAACCUGCUGGCUCGCUCCUACUUCGAUCCCAGAGAGGCUUACCCAGAUGGCAGCAGUAAAGAGAAGCGGCGCGCGGCCAUCGCUCAGGCCCUGGCAGGAGAGGUCAGCGUGGUGCCGCCCUCCCGUCUCAUGGCUCUGCUGGGACAGGUUAGUAACCUUAAAACCUUUAAACCUGCAUUAUAUACACAAGUUGCUGACAUUUCACAACUCUUAAAUUUCCUUCUUCAGUCUCUGAAGUGGCAGCAGCAUCAAGGUCUCCUGCCGCCUGGUAUGACCAUCGACUUGUUCAGAGGUAAAGCCGCUGUGAAAGACGUGGAGGAGGAGCGCUUCCCCACUCAGCUGAGCAGGCACAUAAAGUUUGGACAGAAAUCUCACGUGGAGUGUUCUAGAUUCUCCCCUGAUGGUCAGUACCUGGUCACUGGGUCUGUGGACGGAUUCAUUGAAGUAUGGAACUUCACCACUGGAAAAAUCAGGAAGGAUCUGAAAUAUCAGGCUCAAGAUAACUUCAUGAUGAUGGAUGAUGCUGUGCUGUGUAUGUGCUUCAGUCGAGACACCGAGAUGUUAGCAACUGGAGCCCAGGAUGGAAAGAUUAAGGUGUGGAAGAUUCAGAGUGGUCAGUGUCUGAGGAGAUUCGAGCGCGCCCACAGCAAAGGAGUAACUUGUGUGAGUUUCUGUAAAGACACCAGCCAGCUGCUCAGCGCCUCCUUCGAUCAGACCAUCAGAAUCCAUGGACUGAAAUCUGGUAAAUCACUGAAGGAGUUCCGUGGCCACGCCUCGUUUGUCAACGAAGCUACAUUUACCCCAGACGGCCAUCACAUCAUCAGUGCGUCCUCAGAUGGAACAGUCAAAGUGUGGAACGUGAAAACCACAGAGUGCAGCAGCACUUUUAAGCCUCUCGGUACGUCAGCUGGCACAGACAUCACCGUCAACAAUGUCCUCCUGCUGCCCAAGAACCCUGAGCAUUUCGUAGUGUGUAACCGCUCCAAUACAGUGGUCAUCAUGAACAUGCAGGGACAGAUUGUGAGGAGUUUCAGCUCUGGUAAAAGGGAAGGCGGUGACUUUGUGUGCUGCACACUGUCGCCCCGCGGCGAGUGGAUCUACUGCGUAGGUGAAGACUUUGUGCUCUACUGCUUCAGCACCGUCACAGGCAAACUGGAGAGAACACUGACGGUUCACGAGAAAGAUGUGAUUGGCAUCGCCCAUCACCCCCACCAGAACCUGAUCGCCACUUACAGCGAGGAUGGCCUGCUGAAACUCUGGAGACCCUGAAGCAUCCUCAGGAGAGGAGCCUGGACAUUCUCUCUUUUUUCCAUCCUUUUUGUUUGUUUUUUGUUGUUUUUUCACUUUGAAUCCUUCCCAGGAUCAAAUGGACUUUGAUGUACAGAAGAACCAUCAGUCUUUUACACUCAGAAUAAAUGGAAAGGUAGUUCAUUUAAAAAAAAGUGUACAGUUUUUUUCUUUUUUUUUUAAAGUUUUUGUAUCAUUAAAAUCUAGCAGCUUAUGGCAUUUUAAUGUAGCCUAUGGGACUAAAGUUCUCUAUUAGACAGAGAAAUGUUUUAGCUUCAGUUUUUUGUCACAGAUGUUUUUUAACAGCUGGGCAGGAACUCCUCAUUUUAAAAUAAAAUAAGGUUUUGAUCCCUUAAAUUUUUCCUUUUGUCCAAAACAGAACUCCAAAGAUGACAGUAAGAAGACUUGCUCAGUGCAGAGAAAUGUGAAUGUUUUCAUAUGAAUUUAGAAAAUUUCUGGCAAAUCACUUGAAAACUUGAAGAUCCACUGGAAGUAUAUGUAAUAUUUUUCUGUCUGUGCCAUUAAAGCCCUCUGAGCUGAACAGUG